GGGACUGUCAUGGCAGUCAUGAAUUGGAAGCGGGGCCGGUGGCGACUGCCAGCGCCUUCGGCCAGACAACGGCCUGUUAGCCAGCACCCUUCUUUUCCAGACAGCUACUCCAAUCGGCGCAUGCGUGUAUGGUUUUUAGACCUUUCGAUCCACCGGCGGAGCACGGCUUUAGCGGCAUCUUCUAAAGCGACCCAGCGUUUAAUCAUGUUAUGUCGUAACAUCUUGAGGACACGUACUAUCCGCAACAAACCGGCUAUAUUCGCCUGCUUGCAAUGUUUGGCGAAUAACAAUCUCAAUAUGACGUUGAAACAUCCAGAGCAACGUUUGCUUGUUUCGGACACACGUGAAUGUACGAUCGGCAAUGUUCUCGAUCAAUGGACUCGCCGAUUCGAGAGCGAAGGCGUACCUGAGCCAGUAGAAUCCAUAGAACAUAUAGUGGCGCACGUUAUAGGGAUUAAAAAGAUAAUAGAUAUUUUUAAUGUCAGAAAUGAUACUCUCAACGCGAGCCAGAUUGAGAAAUUGGAGUCGUUAUGCGAAUGUCGUUUAUCUAGGAUGCCAGUUCAGUAUAUUAUUGGCGAAUGGGAUUUUCGAGACAUUACCGUGAAACUUGUACCACCGAUUUUUAUUCCUCGCCCGGAAACCGAAAUACUGGUAGAUUUUGUGUUGAAAAGACUGAAUUCGUCACAAGCUGAUAGUUGUGAAAUUUUAGAAAUAGGUUGCGGCUCAGGUGCUAUAUCACUCGCUCUAGCACACGCUUGUAAAAAGAUAAAAUGUAUAGCGAUUGAUGAGAAUUUACACGCUUGUGAUUUGACGAUGAUAAAUCGGAGCAAAUUGGAUUUAACGGAGCAAAUUACAGUAAUACAUGCGACUCUAAAGUCAGAUGCGAGUAUUGAAGCUUUAAGCAACUUGUACGAUGCUGGUGACAGCAAGGAUUUAAAUUCAAAACUAUUUGACUAUGUGAUCAGUAAUCCGCCGUACGUGCCAACAAAGAAGAUACCGGAAUUACAACCUGAGAUAAGAAUUUAUGAAGAUCUCCGAGCGUUGGAUGGCGGUGAUGAUGGAUUGAAAGUGAUUAAGCCGCUCUUAAAAUAUGCUGCAAAAGCAUUAAAACCUGGUGGACGUCUUUUUGUAGAGGUUGACCCCACUCAUCCCGAAUACAUACAAUUUUUUACAAAUAAGUAUCCUGAUUUAAAACUCCAUUAUGAACACACGUACAAAGAUUUUUGUAAUAAUGAUCGUUUCGUGGAAGUAUUGAAAGUCAUUUGAAAAAUGAUUUUUGACGCUAUUUGUAUUAUUUUGUAUAUGGUUAUUUUAGAA